CGGCAAGGCAAAGUCAGACUUCAGAAAUGGUUUGUUUCCUAUCCAGACAAAGAAAAGAAAAAGAUACUCCGCGAUGUCAUGGCAAUUGUGCUGGCAAGGAAACCUAAGAUGUCUUCUUUCCUUGAGUGGAAAGACAUGAAGCUCGUUUAUCGGCGAUAUGCCAGCCUCUACUUCCUGUGUGCCAUAGAGCCCGAAGAUAAUGAACUGCUUACCCUCGAAGUAAUUCACCGCUAUGUAGAAAUUCUGGACAAGUAUUUUGGAAAUGUGGAUGAAUUUCUCUUUGCCGGUGAAGUGCAAGAAUCCGGGCCUCGUAGCAUAAUGUCCGUCAUAGAUGCCCAAGAUAUGCUUCAGGAGGAGGAAGUUCCGCAAAGUUUCUUCGAAGAUCAAAGCUUGAAUUAG